GCCUCGUAGAAACAGUAGUUCUUUGUGUGGAGCACCAGGAGGUACCUGGUGGCGGUGAGACGGAAUUUCAUCGAGUCAGCAGGAGUCUCGCUAUCGGUAUUGUGCUACAGGGGUCGUCAAGUAGAACUUCCGUCCCACGGAUAAAUCCAGGACCGAUACAAAUUUCGGAACUUUCGACUUGGUCCACUCGAAGACCUUACGAAUUAAUUCUCAGUCACUCAAGUUAGUUCAGGGUGCAGAGUUCAGGGAAGAAUCUAUCGCCAAGUACUCUUGAAGAACCUCUCCGACAAGAUGUCUGGGGUUGUCGAAUGGUACCGAGACCUUUUGUACAAUAGAAAUGAUCCUAGAACCAAUGACUGGUUCCUGAUAUCUGGACCUGCACCAAUAAUAACCAUUGUCGUGACUUACAUAUACUUCAGUGUGUCUGCUGGACCUAGGUACAUGAGAGACAAGAAGCCAUAUUCCUUAAAGAACACCCUGAUAAUCUAUAACUUCAUCCAAGUAUUGCUGAGCAUCUACCUGGUGUACGAGGGCCUUAUAGCUGGAUGGCUUUUCGAUUACAACUACAAGUGUCAGCCAGUCGAUUAUUCCGAUAACCCCAAAGCCAUGAGGAUGGCCAGGGCUGUAUACAUUUACUUUCUCUGUAAGCUCAUUGAACUUCUGGACACAGUUUUCUUUGUUUUGCGCAAGAAACACAGGCAGAUUUCGUUCCUUCACGUAUAUCAUCAUGCAAUGAUGCCAAUCUGUGCUUGGAUAGGUGUCAGAUUCGUGGCAGGGGGUCAUCCAACAUUGUUGGGCGUUAUCAAUUCCUUCGUUCACAUAAUUAUGUACACAUAUUACAUGCUUGCGGCGAUUGGACCACAAGUACAAAAGUAUCUUUGGUGGAAGAAAUACUUGACGUCUCUUCAGCUUAUACAGUUCCUUAUUAUUUUCAUACACAACGGACAGUUGCUCUUCAGCGAUUGCAAAUUUCCAAAACCUUUAACCACUUUAUUGACUUUGAAUGCCGCACUCUUUAUAUACCUCUUUGGUUCUUUCUACGUGAAGAACUAUCUAACCGGUAGGAAAGAGCCGAAGACGCGGCAAGAAAACGGUGCGCAGUGCCGCCUGGCGUCAAACACGGAAAAUCGAAUUAAUUAUCCUGGGCAAAAACUCGAUUGAGUUGCGUGAUUCUUCGUUUUAGAGGUGCACAGGUAUGCCUAUUGCAAAGUCAGUUCACUUAUUGAUAAGAUUGAUUAUUGGCUCAAAGGGAUGCUCGGUAAGGAGGUCAAAAAGAAAAUGUAUUCCAUCUUAUUUUUCUUAGCUGAUCUACCAAUUUAGUUAUCGUUCAGAUAUCUGAAGUGAAGAGACUCGAUCGUGUCUCAAGUAUUAUUUAUAUCUACUGAGGUGUAAUCCAAUCGAAAGUAUCCAAAGUAAUAGACGUUCUUUUUUUACUUUGAACACUUUUAAUCGAUCCACCCGGUAUAUACGAUAAUAAUUAUCGACAAAUUGAUCGACUGAUAAAUAUACGAGGGAGCGAGAGAGAGAAUUGAGUUUAUUCGAUACUACAAAGAAAUCCCUGUAAAUCGAUCAAGUAAAAGCAAAGUGCGAAUACUAUUUGAGAAGGCAUAAAUAAUUAAAUCGAGAAGAGUAAACGCGAGGAAGGAAUUUUAAACGUAGGAAAGAAAUACAAGACAUCAAAUAUAGUAUGAAGCUUUAAUUUUUGCCAGUGACAAAAUUUUAAAUGUUAAUAAGUCAACGCUUGCAUAAUGGGGACAAAAUUAAUAGUAAUAACGAUGACUAUAACGAUGGCGAGCAUGACGAAAGACCCAAUGGCGCAACCUUACUCUGAUUAUUUGAUAAAAGUGUCGCGAGUUCAUAAGAAAAAUUUCAAUUUGCCCAAUUCAAUUCAGCGAAAGGACUUCGAUAUCAGCUCCUGAGUAGAUCGGCUUGAAGAAUAGUUCAUAAAAGACUGUCCUUAGAUAGUAAAUUACCUUGUUCGCGUAUAACCGAUUGUUAGCGAGGUUAUCGAGAAGAGCGAUAGCCUAGAAAAAAAAAAAGAAUUAACAAACGCGUUUACGUAACUUGAGGCACUUAACUAAAUCGUAUAGUAUACAGAACCGUUAAAAAGAAUGGAAUAAUAAAAAAAAUGCCACGAAUCCAUCAAAUGCAAAAAAAAAAGACUUUUUUUAUAACGAUAAUUAGUGUCUUCAAACGACGAAAGUAAAAUCGUUGUACACAAUAACAUUUCUGAUUCACGGAUUUUUAUAAAAUUAAAAUAGUUUUUGGAAUUUACUCAUAAUGCAUUUUCUAUAUGUAUAUUUUUCUCUUGUACUUAUUACAGUAUGUGACGUUUUUUUUAUAAUAAAAUAUCUUGCCGUCGGUUA